AGGAAAGCUGUCAUUUGUACCUGAGAGGGCAAGAGAACACACCGCACAAAGAGUGGAGGAGAGCAGGAGAGGAGAGCAGGAAAGGAGGAGAGCAGGAAGAACUUUGUCUGUGGGGUUGCUCUUCUCAUUGCCUUCAGUUGACCUCAAGGCUUUGUGGAACUGGACUAUGGGACAUGGUUAGGUACAGUAUAUGGUCUCUGGCUGAAGCUCUAAGGACUUUAUGGGUGUUUGAGACUGGGGCCUACUGUGGAUGUCUGGGUACUGAGCCCCUGAGUCAUCGUCUAUGAAUACACUGGCUGUCUGUACUUUAGUGAGUGUGUCCAAGCCAGCCAACCUCAAGGAGGAAGACGGUGGAGAUACGCACAGACACAAACAUAUGUCCUACAGAACAUGAAUGAAAAAGGACACUCUUUGAUGCUUCUGAGUGUGAAGUAACACACACACACACACGCACACACACACACAUACACACACACACACACCCUGAGACAUGGAUACUAUGGUGAAGCAGUCUCUGGCAGUGCCCAUGAAGAAGCUGUCCAGCUGUGUGACAGGGGUGAAGGAGAGAGAGGUGUGGGCCAGGCGCAGGGCCAAGAGGGGGACAGGAGGAGUAAAGAGCACCCCUCCACGGAUGGGACACACCCCUGUCAUACGCUCAUACCAAACUGACCUGGAGAAGGAGAGGAAGCUGAGGGAAGCCCUGAACGCUCAGAAGCAUGCAGAGAGAGCCGCCAUGAGGGAUCACUUCAGGAAGAAGUACCAGCUCUCCAAGAGCUCCAAGGACACCAGCCACCUGAGUGCGGUUAGAGAGAAAGUGGCCCUCCCCCGUCAGCUGACUAAACUGAUUCGUCCUGAGACCCCGACCAAGGACGAUGGCUACAGCCUGCUGAGCGCCUUCCAAGGCCUCAGCUUCAACAUGGGGAUGCUUGGAGGCAAGCAGAGCAAGUCGCCCACUCCAAUGUCAGUCAACGGAGAGGCCUGCAAAGUCAUCUCUAUGAGAGAUGGAGGACAAACAGGGGAAGGAGGAGAGGAAAGGAGGGCGGGAUGGAAGGAUGGAGCAAUAAUUGAGAAGAAAAAACCUAAUUUGCGUUGUAGAGAAUGGAGAGUAGCGGAGCGGUGUGGUGAAGCCUGUGAGAGUCUGAGAGUGUCAUCUCUACCUCAGACCAUGUGGAGUGUAUCUGUGCGUCCAUCCGCGUUCGAGGGGAUACAGGGGAUGUGUGUGUCCGUGCGUCCAUCAGCGUGUGCGAGGAUUCAGAGGGGGAUGUGGUGUCCGGCGGGGACAAUGGCAGGGCGCGGUGUGGAGGGGGUAACCCCAGCCAGAGGGGGUCCUGCGGGGAGGGGUGUAGGUGGAGGGGUGAGGCGGUUUGAGGAGAUCCCCCACACGGGCAGAAGUGGCUGGCUCAACCUGGUGAAGUUCUGGAAAGAAGAUAGAUUCAAACUAUUACACAAACACAUGGAGAGGACAUUCAACACCCUCGGACCCAUUUACAGGGAGCGUCUGGGCACCCAGAGCACUGUGAAUAUCCUGCUGCCGUCUGACAUCAGCGAGCUGUUCCGCUCUGAGGGCCUUCACCCCAGACGCAUGACCCUGCAGCCAUGGGCCACACACAGAGAGACACGGCAGCACAGCAAGGGAGUCUUCCUCAAGAAUGGGGCAGAGUGGCGUUCCGACCGUCUCCUGCUCAACAGGGAGGUGAUGAUGGCUCCUGCUGUACGCCGCUUCCUGCCCCUCCUAGACGAGGUAGCGAGGGAUUUCUGCCGUAUGCUGGCGACCCGGGUGGAGAAAGAGGGAGGAGGGGAGGAGGGGAGGUGCAGCCUGACCUUCGACCCCAGCCCUGACCUCUUCCGCUUCGCACUGGAAGCCAGUUGUCAUGUCCUGUAUGGAGAGCGUAUCGGCCUCUUCUCCACCUCUCCCUCCCAGGAGUCUCAGAAGUUUAUUUUUGCAGUUGAGAGAAUGUUGGCCACUACCCCUCCUCUCCUCUACCUGCCCCCCCGUCUACUGUGGCGCCUGGGCGCCUCCCUCUGGACACAACACGCCACUGCAUGGGACCACAUCUUCAGCCAUGCCGAGACGAGGAUCCAGAGAGGGGUCCAGCGUCUGCGCUCCACCCAGGCUGCAGGAGGUGGCAGUGGGGGUAAAGAGGGAGAGUUCACAGGGAUCCUGGGUCAGCUGAUGGAUAAAGGACAGUUGUCUCUGGAGCUCAUCAGAGCCAACAUCACUGAACUCAUGGCUGGGGGAGUCGACACGACGGCGGUGCCCCUGCAGUUUGCCCUGUAUGAGUUGGGUCGUAACCCGGCAGUGCAGGAACAGGUCAGAGGUCAGGUGCGGGCAGCGUGGGCAAGAGCCGGCGGUGACGCCCACAUGGCCCUGCAGGGGGCGCCACUACUGAAGGGACUCAUCAAGGAGACCCUCAGGUUAUAUCCAGUAGGAAUCACUGUCCAGAGAUAUCCAGUCAGAGACAUCGUCAUCCAGAACUACCACAUACCUGCUGGGACAUGUGUCCAGGCGUGUCUGUAUCCUCUGGGGAGGAGUCGAGACGUGUUUCAGGAUCCGGAGUGUUUUGACCCUCGUCGCUGGGGGGCUCAGGAGUCUGGAGAGGGGGCCGCAAGGGGUGGAGGGUUCCGCUCCCUGGCGUUUGGGUUCGGGGCCAGGCAGUGUGUCGGCAGGAGGAUCGCUGAGAAUGAGAUGCAGCUGCUACUGAUGCACAUCCUGUUGAGUUUCCGUCUCAGUGUGUCGUCUUCAGAGGAGCUCAGCACUAAAUACACCCUCAUCCUCCAGCCUGAAACCCCACCACGCAUCACCUUCAGCACUCUCUGACACACACCCACAAACACACACACACACAUACACACACACACACACACACACACACACACACACACACACACAC